GAUGAGAUGGGCGGGGCCCACAUAUACCCGCUUGUAGCGGCCGCCAGCCAUCCAGCCUCCGCCGAUUCAGCCAGAGGCUGCCGGAGCUGCGGCGCCUGCUCCCCUCAGCGCCGCGGAGCCUGUGCAGCGUCCCCCGAGCGGGCCAUGCCCCCACGGGAGCUGAGCGAGUCCGAGUCGUCUCCGCUGCGGGCCCCUACCCCUCCCCCCCGGCGGGGCAGCGCGUCCCCGGAGCUGGGUAUUAAGUGUGUGCUGGUGGGCGACGGCGCGGUGGGCAAAAGCAGCCUCAUCGUCAGCUACACCUGCAACGGAUACCCGGCGCGCUACCGGCCCACGGCUCUGGACACCUUCUCGGUGCAAGUCUUGGUGGAUGGAGCCCCCGUGCGCAUUGAGCUCUGGGACACAGCAGGACAGGAAGACUUUGACCGCCUGCGCUCCCUCUGCUACCCGGACACUGACGUCUUCCUGGCCUGCUUCAGCGUGGUGCAGCCCAGCUCCUUCGAGAACAUCACGGAGAAAUGGCUGCCGGAGAUCCGCACCCACAACCCGCAGGCUCCGGUGUUGCUGGUGGGCACCCAGGCCGACCUGAGGGACGAUGUCAAUGUGCUGAUCCAACUGGACCAGGGGGGCCAAGAAGGCCCAGUGCCCCAGCCCCAGGCUCAGGGCUUGGCCGAGAAGAUCAGGGCCUGCUGCUACCUGGAGUGUUCGGCCUUGACGCAGAAGAACCUGAAGGAGGUGUUUGACUCGGCUAUCCUCAGCGCCAUCGAGCACAAAGCCAGACUGGAGAAGAAGCUGAACGCCAAGGGCGUGCGCACUCUCUCCCGCUGCCGCUGGAAGAAGUUCUUCUGCUUUGUCUGAGCUGCAGGGCCAGCGGAGACAGCAGCGGGCCACUGGCCACAGACUUGCAGGGACUGCGGACAGGGCCAGGCCACUCGGGGGCCUCGGUUCCCCCAUUGAAGGCUGUGAGGUGCAGACCUCUAGCUGCCAGUUCUUGUGUUCAGAUGCGCCUGGGGCCUCGAGGAAGGAAGGCUGUGACUCGGAUAUUAGUAGGAUUUCUGUGGUCAAGGCUCACAAGGGAGGAAAUCUGGGAGUCAGCCACUUCUGGGCAGUUUGGGAUCCAAUUCCAAAUUUCUUCUCAGGAGGCGAGGUCAGCCUGAAUCAGGGUCAACCCCAGUGGUGGUUUCCACCCUUUCCUUGAUACAUGGGUGAGGAAGAGUCAGGGGGAGCAGGUGGACAUGUUGGAAUGCUGGAAAGCUCCCAGCACUGAACUGGAGAGAUGUUUGGGGUGGAUGGAGUGAGAGGUUAGCAGGAGAGUGGGGCAGGACAGAAAGCAAGGCUAAAGAGGCCAGUAAUGAAGGAAGACCAUGAGGACAGGUGAGAGGAAGAACACCAAGAGUAUUCAACAGGGAAGGAGGGAGAGCUGGGAGGACAGAAGUGGGGCAGCUGGGGAAGCAUUGACACCUGGGCUGCCCUCCAGCCCCCAGGCCAGGCAGGGCGGGGCUGGUCCCUGGGAAGAACUGGGUCUCUGGACUCCCCAGGCACUGCCCAAACUGGCUGGGCUAGGAGUUGGGCAGGAAAUGAGAGAGGCCAGUCCUAGGGAGGAGAGGGGGAGGGAAGGAGCUGCAAACCAGCCUGCUGGGGGGGGGGGGUGUCACUUUUCCCCCAAGGUCCCAGCUGGAAGGGAGGACAGAGCAGAGUUGGCAAAUAAAGCCUGGAUUUCUGAA